UCCGUUUCAACGCACAGCUCUGCCGUAAACUAUUUAGAAGAAGAAGAAGAAGAAGAAGAAAGAGGAGGACAGAAGAGUUUAACUUUACUUUUUUUUCUACAACUCUGAUCUCGAUACUGUUUGGGGAUUUAUUUCGUGUCACGGCGAUAAAGUCCGUCUUGAUUAUACUACACGGUGUUCGGUUAUCUGACAACACGUAAAGACAUCGCUGUGAGGUCGGAAUGAUCUGGAGCAGUGAGAGGUUGUGGCGGCCUCAUCAGUAGCUGUCACCACGGCGGGGGACCUUCGGACCUCCGUCUGCAGGGUGGUCAUCUACCUCCAGAGGGAAAUGUCCGGGGACAGCUGCCUGCCUCAGCGUCACACCCACUCUGCCUCCUCGUCCUCCGCCUGUCCCAAGACCAAGACCUGCAGUUACCGCGGAGCGGUGGGCCUGGGCAACAAGUAUGUCCGCGUCAACGUUGGCGGGAGCCUGUUCUACGCCACGCUGCAGGUGCUGACCAGGCAGAACUCAAUGCUGAAAGCCAUGUUCAGUGGACAGAAGGAAGUGUUCACCGAUAAAGACGGUUGGAUCCUGAUCGACCGCAGCGGGAAACACUUCGGCAGCGUCCUGUGCUUCCUACGUGACGGCACGGUCGCCUUGCCCAAAGGUCGUCAGGCCGUCCAGGAGGUGUUCGCUGAGGCGAAGUAUUACGACGUCCAGGGUCUGAUGGAGCUUUGUCAAAACACCCUGCAGGACAAUAAAGAGCUGCCCAUGUGUGUCAUACCUGUGGUCACCUCCAGGAAGGAAGAGGAGAAGCUCAUCCAGUCCUCCACGAAGCCUGUGGUGAAGCUGGUGUACAACAGAAGCAACAACAAGUACUCCUACACCAGCAACUCGGACGACAACCUGCUGAAGAACAUCGAGCUGUUCGACCGGCUGUCUCUGAGCUUCAACGGCCGCGUCCUCUUCAUCAAGGACGUGAUCGGAGACGAGAUCUGCUGCUGGUCCUUUUACGGUCAGGGACGCAAGCUGGCCGAGGUCUGCUGCACCUCCAUCGUCUACGCCACGGAGAAGAAGCAGACCAAGGUGGAGUUCCCUGAAGCUCGUAUCUACGAGGAGACCCUGAACACGCUGCUGUACGAGACGAUGCCGCCGCCCGACACCGUGCUGCUGGAGGCGACUCGUCGCAGCUUCACCUCCUGUGGCUCCCACAGCGAGGAGGAGGAGGGGGGGGCAGGGACCGGGGGGGCGGAGCUCCGAGAGCGAGUCCGCCGGAUCCACGUGAAGAGGUACAGCACGUACGACGACCGGCAGCUCGGACACUGAGACUGUAAAAACAUCCAAAAACCAGCGGACAGAUUUGUGAUGACGAACAUUCAACGUUUUCUGUCUUUGGAUCGUUUCUUCUUCUCUGUCUGAAGUCCAAACUGUGGCCUUGCUGUACUUUACUCUGGAUAGUUGUGGUGUCGUCCGCUCUGUCCGUCAUAAUUUAUGAAUCAUCAUCAGAGCAACAAGAGAGCUGUUGUUGUUUAUUAAAUGUAGAUUAUUAGUGGAGGAAGAAUCACUGAUAUGCAGUAUUUCUUAGAAGAAAUACUGUUCAGAUCAUAGCACUUACACUCUGAAUCAGCAGCAGAGCAUGUUUCAUAUUUAUAGAUCGUAUUGUUUCAUAAACACAUCGAACAACAGGCCUGUUGUUAACCAAAGAGGAACCAGAACUAGUGUGACGCUAACAUGUUUUAAUGCAGUUUACCAUUAUGCCUUUUUUCCAGCUGUGAAGAUAAAAGUUCUUGUUAUUAAACUA